UGAUGUUUUGAGUUGGGUCCUGUCUAUAAAUAGAAGUCUGUCUGAUGGUAUUUGUCCUCCUAUAGGGUCCGAUGCCUCCUGCGGAUCCACAGGUCUCCACGCCAUCAGGUAUGAUGGAUCUAAGCGCGUGCUGAGUCCCACCAAUGGGCUAAAAAAAAAAAAAAAAAAGCAGCAUAAAUCAGAACACCCAGGAUUUAGACGCGUCCACUUUCGAGCGCAACACCUGGAAAUAUGGGAACGUUUUUACGCACGGGCGGCUGUGGAUUUUAAAGGGAGAAUAAGCAGCUCCACGCGUGUUUGGAGACGCCGCAGCUCCGUGGGAAUGCUAUGAGACAAGUGGACAGAAGAGUGAGAGAGAGUGAGUGAGAUCCAGCCCGGAUAGAGAGAGGAGAAAAAAGAGAGAAUUCAACAUGAAGGAGAAGUCGAAGAACGCAGCUCGGACCCGGCGGGAGAAGGAGAACAGUGAGUUUUACGAACUGGCCAAACUGUUACCGCUGCCCUCCGCCAUCACCUCCCAGCUGGAUAAAGCCUCCAUCAUCCGACUGACAACCAGCUACCUGAAGAUGAGGAUAGUGUUCCCUGAAGGUCUCGGGGAGUCCUGGGGUCAUGUGAGUCGGAGCACUUCCCUGGAUGGAGUCAGCCAGGAAUUAGGCUCUCAUCUCCUACAGACAUUAGAUGGUUUCAUUUUCGUGGUGGCUCCAGAUGGGAAGAUCAUGUACAUAUCAGAAACGGCGUCUGUCCACUUGGGCCUGUCGCAGGUAGAGUUAACGGGGAACAGCAUUUAUGAGUACAUCCACCCGGCCGAUCACGACGAAAUGACAGCCGUCCUCACCGCUCACCAGCCGUACCAUUCACACUUUGUCCAAGAAUAUGAAAUGGAGCGUUCGUUCUUUCUGAGAAUGAAAUGUGUCCUGGCUAAAAGAAAUGCUGGACUCACCUGCGGAGGCUACAAGGUGAUCCACUGUAGCGGCUACCUGAAGAUCCGUCAGUACAGCCUGGACAUGUCUCCGUUCGACGGCUGCUAUCAGAACGUGGGUCUGGUGGCCGUGGGUCACUCGCUGCCGCCCAGCGCCGUCACCGAGAUCAAACUGCACAGUAAUAUGUUCAUGUUCAGAGCCAGCCUGGACAUGAAGCUCAUCUUCCUGGACUCCAGGGUCGCAGAGCUGACAGGAUACGAGCCUCAGGAUCUGAUAGAGAAGACUCUGUACCACCACGUCCACAGCUGCGACUCCUUUCACCUGCGAUGUGCUCAUCACCUGUUGCUGGUAAAAGGUCAGGUCACCACCAAGUACUACCGCUUCUUGGCCAAACAUGGCGGCUGGGUGUGGGUUCAGAGUUAUGCAACCAUCGUACACAACAGCCGCUCAUCCAGACCUCACUGCAUCGUCAGUGUCAACUACGUUCUGACGGAGACAGAGUAUAAAGGCCUCCAGCUUUCUCUGGACCAAGUCACGUCCAAGGCCUCCUUCCCCUACAGCAGCAGCACUGCCAGCAGCCUCCCAGAUGCCUGUAGGACCCCCAAGAGCAGAGUGUCCCGGCCCAAGACCAAAGCUAGGCUCUCCCCUUACACACAGUAUCCUGGUUUCCAGACGGAGCGGUCCGAGUCAGACAGGGACAGUCCGUGGGGCAGCAGUCCUCUUACCGACUCGGCCUCCCCUCAGCUGCUGGAUCACAGCGAAGGACUGGACGCCUCCUGUGUGUACAGACAGUUCAGCGACCCACGUCCGCUCUGCUACAGCUUAUCUGAAGAGCAGCAUUACACCGCCGGCGAUGGACACACACACCUACACUCACAUACUCAAGGCCAGAGCUGUGAGCGAGGCCGGUGUGAGGCCGGGCGCUACUUUCUUGGGGCGCCUCCAUCGGGUAGGGACGGGUGGUGGGGUACUGCCCGGUCCAUACUGCCCCUGAGUAAGGGGUCUUUGGAGAAUCCAGAGGGAUAUGACAGCAGCAUGCCACACAUAACAGCCAUCCACAGCUACCACGGCCGGGGCCAUUGGGAUGAGGACAGUGUGGUCAGUUCUCCAGAUGGGGGUUCUGCAAGUGACUCAGGGGAUCGGUACCGAUCUGACCACUAUCGCUCCAGCCCCCAGGAGCCCAGCAAGAUCGAGACGCUGAUUCGAGCCACGCAGCAGAUGAUUAAGGAAGAGGAAAGUCGACUUCAGCUGCGUAAAGGCCCUCCGGACCCCCCACUGGGGCCAGCCAACGGACUGCCCAAGGGCUCCGGUCCAUGCUUUACUUCUGAUUACACUCAAGGGCCUCUGCCACUACAGACUAUGGUGUGCCGAGGUUUGAGUCAGGUGAUCAGCCCCGCGCCAAGCCCCGCCCCCCUCUCCAGGCUCAGCAGUCCGGGGUCUGAGCGUCUCCACAAGUCCAAAGACUACCUCCAGACGGACCUGUCCCCACUUUCUUUGCCGUUACAUCACCCUUUCAGUCGGUCGGGCCCCUGCUCUGCGUCCCCCACCCCGGCCCCCGCCCUUUACCCCUCCCACACCCACUCAAGGCCAUACUUAGACAAGCAUACCGCCUACUCUCUCACAGGUUACACACUGGAGCACCUCUACGACCCAGAGAGCCUCAGAGGCUACUGCACCUCCGCCAGCACUGGCCCCACUCACUACGACAUGACCCCUCACCCCCGCAUACCGUCAGAGCAGACCCCCGGACACAAAGGCACCUCUGUCAUUAUCACCAAUGGCAGCUAACAUUCGUCUCAACACGCCCACUGGGACCGAAGUCACACGGCCUGAGCUGCUCAGCCCCUUUAAAACACGUUGCCAUUUUCACCUUGCAUCCUGGUGUUUUUUGUCUUUACAUCUUUUGGACACAGAAAUCUUUCGUUGUUUCAGUACAAGUACAUUCUACCUAAAUUUCAGCCCAGAAGUUCAAUCUCAAUGUUCAGUCUGAAAACAAAUCCAUCACAAACUCUAAACAAGAAUAUGUUUUUUUCUGAUACAGCAGAAUAGGCAGCAUUUCCUCAGAAAAAUAAUGAAAUUUACCCUUAACCUGAUUAAAAAUAUGAUAAAGCCCAGUUCUUAAUCAAACAUGCAACACAUUAAGCAGACAUUGAUGCUUUUAAUGUUUAAAAUUUACAUAUAUGUUAAUGAAAUGUCCUUAAUAUCUUAACAUCUUAAAGGACUAAACUGAUAUAACAUGGUAAAAAUGGUAAAAUCUGACAUUUUUGAGACCACUAUUGCUUUUUAUAUUUCGUAGCACCUCUAAGACAAACAAAUCAACAAAUAAAAUAAGACCCUGUUUAUACUUGGUUUUAAAAUGUAUUUUGGGUGAUAUGGUCACAGUAGAUGCGACUAAAUACAGUGAAAAGGAUCACCCAGGAAACACGGAUCAAAUGUCUUGCUGAGGUGGUCUGGGGUGCAUUUUCUACUGGGUUCUGACGCACCAGAAAAUAUGUAAUUGGGGAAGGUUGUGGUGGUUGCUUUGGCGAUGGCACAUCAACACUUAAAAAUUGGAGAGUGAGCACUG